UCGUUGACAUGGGACGGCUGCACUGCAGGCACACACUGAAUCUGGAUAAUCAUGAGUUUCCUACUCCAGGCAAGACCUCCUAUUCACAGUUCAAAAGCUACAUUGUGAAGAAGCUGGUGUUCCAAACUCCAGUUGCAAGUAGCCCAAUUUCCACGAGAUGGCAGCAGGCAUUCACUAGGAAUCAACCAGAGCAAAGUUUUUCAGAAUGGCCUUCUGCUGAGCUUUCCAUCACAGAUGACGGGUUUAAUCGAACUGAGCCCAUUGGGAAGCUCACAACAAUUCCAGUGUCUUCCAAGAUAUUUCUUGAAACUGCUGUCAGUGAACCCGUAGCGUUUACUAAUACCACUGAUUUGCAUGGAAGCAGCCAAAGAAAGAAACAGAAACAUCUCCACCAGAUGCUAAUAGCUGAAGCAAAAAAGCAUGACACUUCUGAAAAAGGUAGCAUCACAAUUUGUGAAAGACCCAAGUGCCAAUGGAAAGGUUGCAAGGAGGGAAGCAGAGGAGAACGUGAUCCACAGAGCAUUUCAUUUCAUGCUAAAGACAGUCAGUCAAUGGAGCUGGAGGUCAGGUUUCAUGUCACAGGUUUACGUGAUGACUAUUAUCUAAAUACAUUGGAAUGGAGCCAAGAAAAUCUCAUUGCUCUUGCUCUAGAAUCAGCUGUACACAUUUGGGAUGGAGAAAGGAACCAAAACGUUGCAAGCAUAGAUUUAUCUGCCACUUCCAAAUAUAUCGCUUCUGUAGCAUGGAUGAGAGAAAACACUUAUCUUGCAUUGGGCACUAGUGAUGGAGAAGUGCAGCUGUGGGACAUUGAAACUCAGACAAGGGUGAGACGUAUAUUUGGUCAUAUGUCUGUAAUUGGAGCCAUGAGUUGGAAUGGAUAUGUACUUAGCAGUGGCUGAAGGCUAGGAUAUAUUCAUCAUCACGACAUUCGAGCAGCUCAGCAUCUCAUCAGGAAGGUUCAGCAAAGCAAACAGAGUGUCUGUAGUUUGCAGUGGUCUCCGGACUAUAAACUGCUGGCGUGUGGUUCUAGUGAUGGCCUGAUAAAUAUUUGGUCUAAUGAUCUAGGUGGGACUGUACAAUCUACACCACUGCUUACCUUAUGCCACUCCUCAGCUGUAAAGGCCAUGAAGUGGUGUCCGUGGCAGCCUGCGCUCAUUGCCACAGGAGGUGGAAUGAACGACAGAUUUUUACGUGUUUGGAACAUAAGCAACACGACGAACUUUGAAAUUGCUGAUACAAAAUCUCAGGUAUGCUCCCUACUCUGGUUGCCAAACACCAAAGAAAUUGUUACUGGACAAGGCCAUCCGCAAAAUAUGAUGAAUGUUUGGAAAUAUCCCGUUCUUUCAAAUACAGCAGGACUUCAUGGACACAAAGGAAGGGUUUUGCAGAUGGCAUUGAGCCCUGAUGGAAACAGGAUCUUUACAGCUGCAGCUGACAAGACAGCCUGUGUAUGGAAGUAUCCCAUUGUGGUGUCUAGAACUGGACACAGUACUCAAGAGGAGGCUUAACCAGUUCCAAAUAG